AUGAAGCACGUGAACUCGCUGGCGUUCCUGUACAACGAGUUUAAGAACAACGUGGAGGACCUGGAGAAGACGUACGAGAACUUCCUCAAGGCGUUGAAGGUGUCCAAGGAGACAGAAGAAAGGUUGCUCAAGAUGAAUGAUAACAAAACAGCUAGCUUCAUAAGCGAAAUGGAAGACCUCAAAAGUGAGUAUGAUGUGUUUAAAGAUUCAAUCGAGGAAAAUCUGAACAACAAAAAAAAUGAGUUUAACAAAACUUUGAAAACGACCAUUGAGGGAUUCUUCCAGAACUCCGUGAAGGAGCUAAAAGGGAUCAGCAAGUACAUUCGUUACAUAAAUUUAAAUGCAACCAAUUUGCACAAAAUCGUGUCGAGCAUAUUCUCCAAGGCCAUGAAUUUAAGUGACAUCUACGAGCAGAACAUUAACCAUAUUUACGAAAUUGGGAAGGAGUACUACCGGAUGAAGUUAACUACACUAAAUCAUUUGCUCGCUUUGGAGUACGAGCAGUACAACAAGACACUGGGGUUCAUUUCUAAUGAGAAAUAUUUGGACAACUUCUCAGACGUAUUUUACAUUGAAAUGUUAAAAAAUUAUUUAAAAAAUUCGACCCAAAAAACGGUAAUGAUUGAUUUGUCAAACAUCCUGGAGAGGCAUUCCUUCCAUGAGCUCUCCCACUUCUUUAACAUUUUCUUGAAGUCCUUCCAAAAGGGAGUUAUCAUUUACGUCAUCAACAGAGUAGACACCAACUACCACAACAACAAAAUGAUAUUUAUAGAAUAUUUCAAGUUGUACGAGUUAGUGCACUAUAUAAAGGCUAAUUAUGGCGACCUAAAAAUCGAUUUUAUAGAAAUUCACGUCUUCAAUAUGUACAUCUCCGUUUUUGUAAAUGCCAAUGGGAUUUUGUACCACGUCAACUACGAGUACUUCCUCGACGCGCACUCCGUCACCCUCUACAACGCCUACAACUACGGCUACUUCUUCACCAACCAGAAGAUCCCCGAUGAUGCUUCCCCCGCUAGCAGCGCUGAUGGGAAGGACCCUUCGAAUGGAAGUGAUAAUAAACCGGGCGCCACCCCCGGGGGAGAGAAGGCUGCUAUUACCCCCCCUGAGGAACGCAUAUACGUACUCUACGUAGGCAGUCGUGUCGUGCAAGACAACUGCAUCAUGUACAAUCGAGAGGAUAUGAUCGAAUUUAAAAAGGGAAACGCUUACAAGAUUAUUCAGCAGAACAAGUUUAACUCUCACGACUCCUUCUUCAACAUCUUCCUGCUCAAGCUCGAGUCCGAAUAUAAUUUCUACAACCAGUUCCUCAGCAGCGAGCACGACCACCUCUACCGCUUCUCCGUGCACAACUGCAGCAUGAUUCUCACCUACGACUCCCUCGCCAAGUUCAACAUCCCCCACGAGAAGUUCACCCCCCACUUUAAAGACGUGUACACGCUGAUCAUCAUCUACCCCGGCAGCAACAUCAGCUCCAUGUGCAGCCUCUUCAGCAACUACAUCUUCCGCGAGUCCGUUUACAACCUGCGGAAGGAGCAGUCCAACGUGCUGGAGAUCUACGCGGAGAAGAAAAAACUCACCAUGCUGGUCAACAACAAAACGAAGAACUACUACGCCAACCUCGACAACAAGAAGAAGGACGAGCCCCUGGAGACCAGCCUCCUCAAAAUGAAGAGCUGCCUCAAGCAGUACGCCAGGAGCAACUACGACGACUACUUCGAUUACCUGAACAUCAUUUAUUUUGUGUCCUCCGAUUAG